GGGAGAAGGUAUGAACUUUUUUGAGAACUUUGAUGUUCAUGAUGGUGUUGGUGGAGUUGGAGCAGAAGAUGAAAAUCAACCUAGUGAAACAGCGAGCCGGAAAUGGAAGAGGAGUGAUGCAAAUUCAGACGAGGAAGUGAAAGAUGAGAUUGUUCCAACUAGUGAAAUGGAAUCAAGCAACUUCAGCCUUCAUCAACUUUUUGCUUCAGAAACUGCUUCUGGAGAUGAAGAUGCUUAUCCUAAGAAGUUGGACUCACCAUCAAAGGCUACACCAAUGAUACAUAAAGAGAACAUUAAAUUUGACAAGAAGGAAGAAGUUGGGUCAGUGAUGUCUAGGAAUAAAUUUGCUAAGAGGCAACCUCUUCAAGAUCUUAAGCAGAGUUGAACUUUUGUGUUAAGUGGAAGUUUUUUUUUAAUGCAUAUUGCUUAACUCCUUUUAUUAUAAGACUGAGAUUUUCACAUUCUGCAUGUGAAAUGUACAAUAUUGUUGAGAUGUAAUGCAUGCUAAAGUUCAUAUUUUGGUAUGAAACAUUGUCACUGAUAUAUAUUAGACUUGACACUGA